AUGCUUAGCAAAUUAAAUCAUCCGCGGAAGAAUACGCUUCCCUUGCCGAUUGGUGGUCUUCUUGGCAAUGGUGGGGCCGGGGAUGACCCUUACCAUGUUCAGCUGGGAAAACAUGCUUUCAUUGGUUUGUCACAAAAACAGAUUAUGAUGCAACCAGAUGGAGGAUUCUUGGAGAAGUGGAAUAUCUUAUACCAAAUAGGUGUUUCCGCAUGUUCACUCGAACUGACAAUAAUUGCCAACGUUUGUGGUGAGGCCAAGGGUUUACUCUUACAAUUCUGCAGCCAGACACCCAAAUGGUUGGGGAAAUCUUUCAGAGUUCAAUUUCUAUUUAGACGUUAA